UUUAUUCAAUGUUUUUUAUGUCAAGUUAAUACAUUCAGUCGAUUCCUAAGCAAAAUUUAAAAUAAAUACAAAACAAAUUAAAGAACUUUUUAAAUUUUAAAUGGCCGACAAAGGAGAUUAUAAUCCGUACGAAAAUCGAAAUGUUGAAUCUCCGCUAUCGAAUUGGGGGGCCUUUGUGUCGCUAUUAAAGUGUAUAGUUGGAACGGGAGUCCUGGCUCUACCCUUGGCAUUUCACUACGCUGGCAUCGUCAUGGCUAUUUUCCUGCUCCUGCUGUGCACCUUCCUGCUUAUCCAUGGCAUGCAGUUGCUGAUAUAUAGCAUGGUGGAGUGCUCGCGGCGAUUGCAAAUAGGCUAUUCCACCUUCCCGGAGGCAAUGAUCUACUCCUUCGCGCAGGGCCCCGGAUGCUUUAGGUAUUGCGCCAAGGCCGGAGGCUACCUCGUGGACGGGGUGCUGGCCUUCUCCCACUACGGCGUCUGUGUGGUCUACAUAGUCUUUGUAGCCUCUAGUUUCAAGCAGAUCUGCGACUUCUAUUGGGUGGUAUGGGAUGUUCGCAUUUUCAUUGCGGUCGUGGGCCUCCUCCUCAUCCCCAUUUUCCUGAUUCGGUCGCUCAAGUGGCUCGUGCCCUUCAACCUGGCUGCCAUGGUGUUCAUCUACUCCGGCUUCCUCGUUAUGUUCUACUACCUGUUUUCAGGACUGCCUUCGCUAUCCGAGCGCGACAUUGUAUUUGGCAAAGUGGAGAAUAUAGGCCUCUUCUUUGGCAUCGCCCUGUUCGCCGUGAGCUCAGUGGGAGUGAUGAUAGCUAUCGAGGCGAAAAUGGCCAAACCCGAGACCUAUCUCGGCUGGUUCGGAGUCCUCGACCUGGCCAUCAUUGUGGUGCUUAUCUCGUACACAUUGUUCGGAUUCUUUGGAUACUGGCGUUAUGGGGACAAAUUGCAGGGCAGUAUAUCCCUCAACCUGCCAACUGAUGAAAUUGCUUCGCAAGUCUCCAAGUUACUUAUUGCCGUGGCCAUUUUCCUGACGUACCCGUUGUCCGGAUAUGUGGUCAUCGACAUCAUAAUGACCCACUACUGGAACAAGAACGACGAACUGAAGCAUGCAAAGCUCAAGGAGACCGCCAUCCGCAUAUCGUUUGUCAUCUUGAGCACGUUAAACGCGGUGGUGGCCCCCAAUCUGGGUCCACUGCUCUCGCUAGUUGGGGCCUUCACCAUCUCCUUGCUGAACCUCAUCUUCCCGGCCCUUAUUGAAAUCUGCCUGUACUAUCCGCCGGAGUUCAACUACGGCAGGUGGAAGUGGAAGCUGUGGAAGGAUAUUAUUCUCAUCAUUGUUGGCACUGUCAUACUGAUCGAGGGCACCUAUUUUGCCAUUGUGGCCAUGGUCAAGGAAUAUGGGCGUAGCGAAGACAGCGGAGACAAGUAGACCUUUUUACCAAAAUUAUUGCUUGUUGGAAUACAGAAUAUUUCUUCUUUUAAUGUUUACAUUUUCAAAAUGUCCGCUUUGAAGCGAUCUAAAUUUAAGUCGUGUAAAAAAUAAAAAGUAAAACUAUCCCGUUAA